AUGUCCGACCACUUUAAGAAGCUCUAUGUUUCAACCGAUGUUCUUGCUAUGGUCCGUCCUAAAAUAAAUGAGUCCGGAUGCAAGAGAGGUAUUAAAGCCGUUCAAAAGAUUCUUCGUACUAAUCCAACUGGUUUAGUUCUUCUAGCAAAUGAUGUCUCACCAGCUGAUCUCGUUGCUCACUUCCCAGGCCUUUGCCAAGAGAAGCGAAUUCCUCUCUUCUAUCUUCACAGCCGAUUUGAUCUCACCACUGAUCAAGAUAAGCCCGUCACUAUUAUGUUCCUCCCCGACUCUCUCCUCAACCCCACCGAGCGUUCUCUCCUCCCCAGCAAUAAAUAG